AUGUCACAAGGUGGUAGCGGUGGGUUACUCUUAGAGGACUUCCAAUUCGGAGAAGUCCGAAUGUUGGAUAUGUCGCACUCCUUCUCAGCUUGGGACAUGGUGCCGGGGGAAGAACCUCCACUGCCCAUUGCAGUACGACGCCCAGAGUCACCUCCACCUCCACGCCACUAUGAGACUGUGAACCGUUGUGGAGGAUUUGAAAGAGUAGUCCUCAACACUGCGAAAAGCAACAGUGUAUCAACUCUGCCGAUCUGA